GACGGACGAGCCCCUACUUGUCGUGCAAGGUAAAUAAAACGCCUGUAAGUUGCUUGGUAGGCAAAUCUAGCAAAACGAUCGGAAUUAUACGCAAAGAUGCCACCAAAGCGUAAAGCUACUGGCGGGGCUGCCAAGGGCGGUAAGAAGGCCAAGAAGGAGGAACCAGCCCCUGCAACUCCACAGAAUAUGAAAGAUGCAGCAGCUGCAUUAAAAGCUGAAGAUAAAAAGACAGGAGGGAAGAAAUCUCAUAAAAUUGACUCUUAUUGUCCAUUAACAAGCCUUUUUGCACAGGUUGUUGGUGACUAUGAUUGUAUGUUGAACCAGACAAACAUUGGCCACAACAACAACAAGUACUAUGUGAUUCAGGUGAUUCAACAGGGAGGCUCAUACUAUGCAUGGAACAGAUGGGGCAGAGUGGGUGAAAAGGGAGCUACUGCCAUGAAAGGUCCCACUGAUUUGGCUAGUGCUGUCAAGGACUUUGAAAAGAAGUUCAAGGAUAAAACCAAAAAUAAUUGGGCUAACAGAGGGUCGUUCGUUCCAGUUAAAGGAAAAUAUACGCUGAUAGAGAUGGCAGAUGAGGAUGAAACAGAUGCUCCAGUACCAACAACAAGCUUUGAUGCAUCUGGAAAGAAAACAGCUGAGAGCAAACUGGAUGAGACUACACAGAAACUGCUGAAACUGCUUUUUGAUAAUGACAUGUUCAGAGACUGCAUGAAGAAGUUUGAUAUAGAUGUAAAGAAAAUGCCACUUGGAAAGUUGAGUAAAGGACAAAUUGCCAAAGGGUUUGAGGUCUUGGACGAGAUUGAAAAAGUGCUGAACAAAAACAGUAAAGCUGGGCUAAAUGAGCUCUCAUCAAAAUUCUACACAGUUAUUCCCCAUGAUUUUGGACGUAGAAUUCCCCCUGUGAUUAAUGAUCUGGAAAUGCUGAGAUCAAAGAUGGACAUGCUUUUGGUUCUUGGUGAUAUUGAGAUUGCACAAAGUAUGAAGAAGGAAAAAGACAAGAAAAUGGAAGCUGAGAAAGGAGAUUUGCUUCCAAACCCUAUUGAUGUGGAAUAUUUUCUACUUAACUGUGACCUGGAAUUAGUGGACAAAAAAUCUAAUGAGUUUAAGAUAAUAGACACGUACACUAAGAAUACAGGAGGCGGCUGGCGUACUGCUAAAAUAAAAGAUAUCUGGAAAGUCAGCAGAAUAGGGGAGGAUCGGAGGUUUAAAGACCAUGACAAGAUCACUAAUCGUAAACUGUUGUGGCAUGGUACCAAUGUGGCUGUUGUGGCAGCUAUUUUAAAGAGUGGUUUGAGAAUUAUGCCUCACAGUGGUGGCAGAGUUGGAUCUGGAAUCUACUUUGCCUCGGAAAAUUCAAAGUCUGCAGGAUAUGUUGGUACAGUAGGGAAGACAGGUAUUAUGUUCCUGAAUGAAGUUGCAUUGGGCAAGGAAAAACACGUUGAUACCAACCAGAGCCACCUGAAAGCGGCCCCAGCAGGACAUGAUUGUGUAAUUGCACAGGGAAAUACUGAGCCAGAUCCUAAACAAAAUACAACCUUGACCUUUGAUGGUAAGAAGGUAGUUGUACCACAGGGGAAAGCCAUCCCAAACCCGGGCUGGUCCCACAGUCACUUUUCGCAAAGUGAAUAUCUUAUAUACAAGGAAAGUCAGAAUCGAAUCCGUUAUUUGCUCCUGAUGGAUUUCUAAUUCAGAUGUAUUGAGAAACUUCCUAACAUUUCCUUUACAUGACUUGGCACAUGAGUGGUAAUCCAGAUCAUAUUUUGUUUGUUUUGAUUUAUUCUUACCUUCGUAAUGCAGUAACCAUGAAAUCAUCAAAUUUCGUGUCUUUGUUUUAAAUAAUGAUCAUUUUGUAGGGAUAUGAAUUCAUAGACUUCAAGUUUGGAAUAUAAAAUAAAUGGGAAUUUUAGUAGUUUGAUAGAACUAAAUUUCAUGGGUUGACUUUAACUAUGAAAUCAAUGAAAUUUUAGUCCAACACGAAUAUUAAUUGUUUCAUAGUAUUAGUAUUUUUCUUAAUAAUUGUAAAAGCAGGUGACAGAACUGACUGAAUAAAGAUUUCGCACAUUUUGUUAUUACAGUUAAACUUGUUGACUCAUACUCAGAUAACUCCAACACCACCCUUUAAAUUUUUUACAAUAACUCGAACCAAUUUUGUCGGUCACGAAGAGUUUGAGUUAACAAAGUUUGACUGUAAUUUGAACAUUGACCGGUACUUUGUGAUAUUUAUGUCUCCCCCAGGAGACAUAUUGUUUUUGCCCUGUCUGUCCGUCCGUACGUCACACUUCAUUUCCAAACAAUAACUGGAGAACCAUUUGACCUAGAACCUUCAAACUUUAUAGGGUUGUAGGGCUGCUGGAGUAGACGACCCCUAUUGUUUUUGGGGUCACUCUGUCAAAGGUCAAGGUCACAGGGGCCUGAACAUUGAAAACCAUUUCCGAUCAAUAACUAGAGAACCACUUGACCAAGAACGUUGAAACUUCAUAGGAUGAUUGGUCAAUUGAUUUUGGGGUCACUCCGUCAAAGGUCAAGGUCACAGGGGCCUGAACAUUGAAAACCAUUUCCGAUCAUUAACUAGAGAACCACUUGACCCAGAACGUUGAAACUUCAUAGGAUGAUUGGUCAUGAAGAGUAGAUGACCCCUAUUGAUUUUGGGGUCACUCUGUCAAAAGUCAAGGUCACAGGGGCCUGAACAUUGAAAACCAUUUCCGGUCAGUAACUUGAGAACCACUUGACCCAGAAUGAUGAAACUUCAUAGAUGAUUGGUCAUGCAGAGUAGAUGACCCCUAACGAUUUUGGGAUCACUCUGUUAAAGGUCAAGGCCACAGGGGCCUGAUCAAUAACUUGAGAACCACUUGACCCAGAAUGAUUGAACAUGCAAAGUAGAUGACCCCUAUUGAUUUUGGGGUCAGUCAAUUAAAGGUCAAGGUCACAGUGGCCUGUUCAUGUAAAAUCAUUUUUUGGAAAUAACUUGAGAACCACUUGACCUACAAUGUUGAAACUUAAUAGGAUGAUUGGACAUGCAGACUAGAUGACCCCUAUUUAAUUUGAGGUCACUUGAUCAAAGGUCAAGGUCACAGGAGCCUGAACAGUGACUUGAGAACCACUAGGCCAAGAGUGUUGAAAUUUAGCGGGAUGACUGGACAUGCCAAGUAGAUGAUCCCUAUUGCAGCCAACCAUCAGUGUCUCUUUGACUUUCGCUCCUGACCCCUAUUGACUUCUUGCCUAUAGGACUUUGCAUUUGGGGAGACAUGCGCUUUUUUACAAAAACAUUUUCUAGUUUAUACUUUUAUUCUGGCUUAUAAGAAAAGAUCAAAGGAGACAUUGAAAAUACAAACUUUAUAAAAGCUGGAGCAAGUUUGAAAUGGUUCAGAACUAUCCAGCAAGGAUAAAGACUUGUAUGUGAACUGCCUGCAAUUUUCUUGUGGUAAUUAACUAUCAGAAAUGUGCCCAGACAUUGACAGCACACUGUUAUUCAAUUAUCAGUACAGUUCAACAAACAGUCAACUCUAAAAAUAAUCAGGUAUUCUGAUAAACAAAUGUUUAGCCUCAGCAUUCCUGGGUAUGACUGAAAAAAGUGAUAAUGAAGGUUUUUAAUUGUUUGGCAGUUAAUUACAGUCAACAUCGUACUUGCGACCACCUAUUAAGCGAUUUUUAGCUCGACUAUUCAUAGAAUAGUAGAGCUAUUGGACUCGCCCAUGCGUCGGCGUCCGCGUCCGCGUCGGUGCCCGUGUCCGCGUCCCGAUUUGGUUAAGUUUUUGUAUGUAAGCUGGUAUCUCAGCAACCACUUGUGGGAAUGGAUUGAAACUUCACACACUUAUUCACUGUGAUAAACUGACUUACAUUACACAGGUUCCAUAACUCUGUUUUGCUUUUUUACAAAAUUAUGCCCCUUUUUUGACUUAGAAAUUUUUGGUUAAGGUUUUGUAUGUAAGCUGGUAUCUCAGUAACCACUUGUGGGAAUGGAUUGAAACUUCACACACUUAUUUACUGUGAUAAACUGACUUACAUUGCACAGGUUCCAUAACUCUAUUUUGCUUUUUUACAAAAUUAUGCCCCUUUUUUGACUUAAAAUUUUUUGGUUAAGGUUUUGUAUGUAAGCUGGUAUCUCAGUACUCACUAAUGGGAAUGGAUUGAAACUUCACACACUUGUUCACUGUCAUGAUCUGACAAGCCCAAAGCAGGUCCCAUAACUUUAUUUUGCUUUUUUACAAAAUUAUGCCCCUUUUUCAACAUAGAAAUUUUUGGUUAAGUUUUUGUAUGUAAGCUGGUAUCUCAGUAUCCACUAAUGGGAAAGGAUUGAAACUUCACACACUAGUUCACUGUCAUGAGCUGAUAAGCACUAUGCAGGUUCCAUAACCCUAUUUUACUUUUUUACUAAAUUAUGCCCCUUUUUCGACUUUCUUAUUCAUUCAAGCGACAAGGCUGUUAAAUAGUCGAGCGUUGCUGUCCUCCGACAGCUCUUGUUUAUUGAACGACCGGUCAGAAUCCCUCCCGAAUGUUUACAGUACAUAAAUUCAUUCUAUUAAACGACUUUUUUAUUUAACGACUAGCGACCACAUAAAUGUAGUCCCAACAGGUAAAAUAUUCGACAAAAGUAUCUAUUAAGUAACCGGGUACCUAAUUCCUGCUGGGCAUUUCUUCACCUCUGUUCUUGGCGAGUAGCUUUUGCACCUGACUGAAUGCAAUUAACUUCGUUCACGAUCUUAAAACAGAUUUUGAAAUCAUACAUGCAGUUUUUCGCCAUCAUGGCAUCCACAUCGGCUAAACGAAAAGUACAUUAAUAUUAAAAAAUAACUUUUCUCUUCAUCUGACUGAAAUUCAUUAAGAGACCGUUCCAUUAAAAGACCACUUUUUAGCAGUCCCUUGGGUGGUCUCUUGAUACAGCGUCGACUGUAUUUUGUUUGUUUCCUGAAAUCUAGGAUAAGUGCUGAGCUAAGCAUGUUGCUAUGUUUUAAUAUUCUUGAAAUUUGUUAAUUGCUUAGCCACGGGUGUUUCUCUCCAAGAUGAAUUUGUUUCCAGAUUUCAGUCAAACUAAAAUGCAUGAUUUUCUUUAAAUGUAAGUGAAGCAAUAUAAGAUUUUAAUUAGAUUGUCAGAUUUAUGUCAAAACUCAACGAAAGUGACCAAAAUAUAUCUGAGCCGCACCAUGAGAAAACCAAGAUAGUGCACUUGCGACCAGCAUGAAUCUAGACCAGCCUGCGCAUCCGCGCAGUCUGGUCAGGAUCCAUGCUGUUCGCUUUCAAAGCCUAUUGCAAUUAGAGAAACCAUUAGGUUUGGAUCCAUAUUGGUUGCAAAUGCACUAUGUUGGUUUUCUCAUAGUGCGGCUCAUCUGUCUUUGUACAUUAUAAAGUGAAAACUGUGCUAUCUAUGGGGUUUUGAGUCAAUCUUUAUUUUAUAAAUAAAAUGUGAAGAAGUCUUGUUACUCUGUCAGUUUUUGCUAAAAUUAUUUUGAAAAAUGUAAGAUUAAAGGUGAGCACAGUUGUGCAGUGCAACAAAUUGUACCUAUGUAUGAUCUUUUAUUACUGUAUAUACGUUUUUUCUGUUUUGAAAAAUCAUGAUAUAUUAUUUUUAGCUCACCUGUCACAAAGUGACAAGGUGAGCUUUUGUGAUCGCGUGGCGUCCGUCGUCCGUCCGUCAGUCCAUCCGUCUGUGCGUGCGUGCGUGCGUGCGUAAACUUUUGCUUGUGACCACUCUAGAGGUCACAUUUUUCAUGGGAACUUUAAGUUGGUCAGAAUGUUCAUCUUGAUGAUAUCUAGGUCAAGUUCGAAACUGGGUCACGUGGGGUUAAAAACUAGGUCAGUAGAUCUAAAAAUAGAAAAACCUUGUGACCUCUCUAGAGGCCAUAUUUCUCAAUGGAUCAUCAUGAAAAUUAGUCAGAAUGUUCACCUUGAUGAUAUCUAGGUCAAGUUUGAAACUGGGUCACGUGCAGUCAAAAUCUAGGUCAGUAGGUCUAAAAAUAGAAAAACCUUGUGACCUCUCUUGAGGCCAUAUUUUUCAUGGGAUCUUUAUGAAAAUUGGUCAGAAUGUUCAUCUUGAUGAUAUCUAGGUCAAAUUCAAAACUUGGUCACGUGCGGUCUAAAACUAGGUCAGUAGGUCUAAAAAUAGAAAAACCUUGUGACCUCUCUAGAGGCCAUAUUUCUCAAUGGAUCUUCAUGAAAAUUUGUCAGAAUGUUCACCUUGAUGAUGUCUAGGUCAAGUUCGAAACUGGGUCACAUGUGGUCAAAAACUAGGUCAGUAGGUCUAAAAAUAGAAAAACUUUGUGACCUCUCUAGAGGCCAUAUUUUUUAUGGGAUCUUUAUGAAAAUUAGUCAGAUUGUUCACCUUGAUGAUAUCUAGAUAAAAUUCGAAACUGGGUCACGUGCAGUCAAAAACUAGGUCAGUAGUUCUAAAAAUAGAAAAACCUUGUGACCUCUCUAGAGGCCAUAUUUCUCGAUGGAUCUUCAUGAAAAUUGGUGAGAAUGUUCAACUUGAUGAUAUCCAGGUCAAAUUCCAAACUGGGUCACGUGCGGUCAAAAACAAGGUCAGUAGGUCUAAAAAUAAGAAAAACCUUGUGACCUCCCUAGAAGCCAUAUUUUUCAAUGGAUCUUCAUGAAAAUUAGUGAGAAUGUUCACCUUGAUGAUAUCUAGGUCAAGUUCAAAACUGGGUCAUGUUCGGUCAAAAACUAGGUCAGUAGGUCUAAAAAUAGAAAAACCUUGUGACCUCUCUAGAGGCCAUAUUUUUCAUGAGAUCUUCAUGAAAAUUGGUGAGAAUGUUCACCUUGAUGAUAUCUAGGUCAUUUUCAAAAGUGGGUCACGUGCCUUCAAAAACUAGGUCAUUAGGUCAAAUAUUAGAAAAACCUUGUGACCUCUCAAGUCAUAUUUUUCAAUGGAUCUUCAUGAAAAUUGGUCAGAAUUUUUAUCUUGAUGAUAUCUAGGUCACAUGUGCUCAAAAACUAGGUCACUAUGUCAAAUAAUAGAAAUAACAACGUCAUACUCAGUUCAAAACUGGGUCAUGUGGGGAUAGGUGAGCGAUUCAGGACCAUCAUGGUCCUCUUGUUUAUUUGAAGACAAGCCUCUAAUGUUCUAAUUAUUAUGGGGUCAAACAAUAUGCAUUUUACAGUGAUUUUGCCAUGACCAGAUGAUGAGUUAAGUGAAGAGUAGUGUUUGAAUCAUUUGAAUUCAAGCGAAAAAAAGUUUGACUGUAUUCUAAACUGCUUUGAAUAUGUAUCAUAAAUAUAGAAAUAUGUACUGGUACUUUAAAUAAUAGAUAAAAUUUGGUAUAUUAUAGAAAUAUUUCAUAUUUUGAUUUUGUGACACUUUCUAUGAACGUAAGUGUUUUGUAGAUUUAAAGUUAACAUUUAGCAGUAUAUUACUGAAAAACUGCGACCUGUACAUGUAAGUUUGAAAGCGCAUGACCAUGCUCCUGCAAACACAACAAAUCUUAUUACAGUUAAAACUUGGAAUAUCGAAUUCCAAGGUAUUGGGCGUCUUACUUCGAGAUAAAUGAAAUUCUACUUAAACGAUACUUUGUGCAGUUGUACGCAUGUUUUCAGGUAAGGACUUGAAAAUGUCUUCGGGAUAGCCGAAAGUUUGAGAUGAUUGAACUCGAGAUAGAGAGUUUCAACUAUAUUGCAUUAAAAUCACUUAAAUACAUUUUUAAAAACAAAUCAGCAAUGAAAUAAUAAUGAUUUUCAAGUAAGUGUUAUGCAUCCAUGCAGUAUUAGAGCUUGUAAGAACAUUAACAAAUAUGUAAAAGAAUAUUUAACCACUAAAACAAAUUUCUUCUGUAAGAAAUAUAAUACAUUUAUCUUUUUUUAAUUUUUAGUCAAGGAAGAUAACUUUUCAUUGUGUACUGGUUUUGCAUUUGUAUACUUCCAAACUCAUCAGACGUAUAUAGCACAAACGUAUAACCAGCAUUUUGUAUAAGAGUCGUGUAUUUUUGUUUUCGGUACAACUGUCCUUCUGAUUAUACUUAGUCACAUUGUAUUACUUUGUCAUAGUUAUGAUUAAAAAGCAAUUCUAUGGUAACUAGACCAUUAUUUUGAAUGCUGAUAUUGCUAAGUUACAUACUAUUACCACAUGUCUGUGAUGUUUGUUUUGUUCUUUUAUAAUGACUAUUUACAUUAUAAAACAUUUAUUGACGUGCAUGUUUUUGCUUCUUUAUACAUAUUUAUCUUUCUUGUAUUUCUAUUUUUUAUCUUGUGUUAAAUUGUUGAUUUAUUGAUUGAUUUUACUAACACACUUUUAAAUACAUUGUUUUCUUACGGUAUACAAUUAUUUACAUCUGUUGUGUAUUUUUAUUUUGCAUUGAUAUGAAAAAUAUUGUUAAGAUUGUUUUAUUUAACAAAUAGUCAACUUUCGAGUGGUUGGUCUCCUGAUUUAUUAUGGUUCAGAGUUCAGAUGUGUAGGAAUUGAACCACAAGAGCGUUAGCUCAAGUGGUUUGAUAUUGAAGCAUCUGAAUGAAGAACUGUGGUAAAUAAGACAACAAACCACAUGAAGGCCUUGAUUAUACCCAUUCUUACAUCUUCACCGAAAUAUCUUGAUAAAAAUCAUGCUGGUUUCAUUAACAGAGUAGUAAUGAACUUGAUGCUAUUUGAAGUAGUAAUUCUUUCAUAUUGAUCUGCACAUUUACCGAGUUAAGCAAAAAUACCUGUAUGUUUCUAUUUAAACUUUUUAGUUUCGUUGUAUUAGCCAUGCUGAUUAUCCAUUUAAAAUACCUUUCAAUACUCAAAAUAUCUCGAGGAGCAACUCCAUUUGUGUUCAAAACGGUCAUAAUUCUUUCUAUAUUUAAUAUGAGUUACGAUAGUUUUCUGUUAAACCCUUGAAAUAUCCAGGAGUGUUUAUUUUUUUAAUUCAUUAAAGAUCUAAUGUCAUCAUUUAAAUUUUUUAACAUAUAAGUACUAGUUGUAAGGAAGACUUACUCAGAUUAAUAGACACUAAAUUCUGUGUUUUUGUUACUGUUGUUGAUGUAACUUUGUGUUUGUUUCUUGUUGGAACUAUCUAGGGUAAACAUACAGACUUGCAAUUUGGCCUUGAACCUAGUGUGAAAUAGUUUUAAGUUGUUAGAGUUUGUUGUAAACUGUCAUUAACCUUAAUAAAGGUAUAUCAGAUUAAUCUUUUAGUACAGUGAGUGAUAUUUAUUAAAAAUCCAUGUAACCAUUUUCUAGAUGUUAACUGUUAGAAUAUUUUAGAACUAAAGAAUUAACCAGUUUUUAGUCUGUUAACAUGUAUUUAAUGAUAGAUUUCUUAUAGAAAAUAAAGAAAAAAACUUUA